AUGUUGCCUGGGCUGCCUUGGGUGAUCCUUCCGCCUCAGCCUCCCAAAGUGUUAUCAUCGCCUUUAUGACAUUACCUCUGUGACCUACCUCACUACCCCUCUGAAUUAGAUGUUCCCUCCUCCAGGGCACAUGGUUAUGUUCUAGCUUUGCAGUGAAUGUUAAAGGUGGUCACAGUGAAACUGGGUGACUAAUAGGGUAUAGCAGCUGGUCACUCAACAACCCUCACAGGACAGCAUUGCCUGGGUGAGCCAGCCACAACCCUCAUUUGUCACGUAUCUCUCUCCCAGGGUCCAAAUUCCCUAAAUCACCUCUCCUGGGGAUGUGCUUUUUGGGAAGUCCAGCCAUCAGCUAAAGGGGGUUAGGAUCAGCUGGACAGGAAGGUGGGGGAUCCACCUUCACUCUUAAGAGCACAUCUACCCAGUGACUAACAAAGCUGGGCUCUGACCAGCGUCCUCUCUUCAACUCUGCCUGCAUGGGCACUGCUAGAGUUGGCCUCUCAAACUGUGCCUGUGUGGUCCUUCUGUGACUAACAGGCAGCCUUCUGUGUGAUAACAUACAGGUGUUUAAGAGACAGGCUUUAGAGUCAGACCUGGGUUGCAAUGCUGCCUGUGCUCUGUGAUUUGAGGCAAAUUGUUUAACAUCUUGGAACCUUAUCUCUCCUGUGACUUUUGAGGAUAAUACUUUGCCAGUGCUUCCAAAAAGGUUGCUUACAGUCUUAGCCUGGGGGCCAGGCAUAACUGUUCUGAUCUAUUACGUUUCUUUCACAGUUGACUCAAAUGAUGAUCAGUUUUUCCAUUUCCAAGUUCCUAGGGAGGGUGUGCUCUGCACCUUCAUGUUACCCCCAUAUGCUGCCCUCGCUAAGGACCUUAACCUAGGCCCAUCUGCCAGGCCCGGCAGGUCUGAUCUGUCCUCACCAGGCUCCAGCCACUCUGGCUGUCUUGUAGUACUUAACCCUUCUCAGCUGUUGCUGGGACUGUUUGUUCCCUGAAGUGCUGUUGCUCCCCUUUCCCUGGUGACUCCUGACUCCUCGCAUUUACAUCUUCAGCUUAAAUGUGUAACCUCUUCAGAGAGGACAUCCUCUACCUCCGCUUUAUCUAAAAUGCGUCCUCUUCCUGGUUUCACCUCUGCUUGUUCAUUGCCCUUAUUAUACCUGUAACUAUUCCCUUCCUUUGUUACUUUUUAUUCCCCUCACUGGGCUGUAAGCUCCAUGAGGUCAGGGGCCAUUUGUUAGCGCCUAUAAAUACUGUAGAAUCGCUCAAACCCCAGGGCCGGUGGCACCAGGAAGUACUGGAUAAGGAACCGCGACACUAACUGGGGCUCAGUGCUCUCUUCCGCCUUCAGUACCCCGCUCAUCAAGGGUCUGGGUGAGGCCCCAGGUCCUGAGGAAGCCCUCGCUUGACUGCCCCGGGGCCCGCCGAAGCCCCCAACCAACCCCGAGCGGUCUGAUGGUGCCCAGGGAAUGGUUUCCAAGGCAACAGCAAACGGGGCGGGGCUUGGAACGGAGGACAAGGCGCGAGCCUAGGCAGGACCUUCCCGGGAGAGGAGGCGGCGACGCGGAGGGGAGGCGGGAUCAGGGGCGCUGGGAGGGCGAGCGCGGCGAGGGGCGCAUGCAGGGCCCCGACACGCCGCUGCUCCUGAGCGCUGGGGAGCUGGGGCCCGGGCGCCGGGUCUCGGCCUCCUGGUACAGCCAGGGGGGCGGCCCGGUGUGCAACUGGCUGCGAAAGCCGCAGCCGCUCGAGCCACGCACCAGUUUCCCCUUGGCCCGCCGCUCCGAGUUCCGUCCACCCAGGAGGCUGCCAUGGCCCGGCCCUGCCUCCGCCCAGCCCGAGGAGGGUCAUGCAGGAGGUAGAUGCCAGGCAGGCAGCCCCGCUCCUGCGCGCCGCCUCGGCCGCGCCUUCAAGACGCUGGUCCCAGACACCCACGCCCAGGGCGCCGCGGAUCCCCGCCCCCUCGGCCCCCCGCACACCCCGGUCCUGGAUGACCCCUCUCCACAGGAUGGUUUCCCGGUCCUCUGGCGAGGAUCCUCCAAGGCGUCUCACAUGAACCGGCUCAGAAACGCCAAAAUCUACGUGGAGAGAGCUGUCAAGCAGAAGAAGAUCUUUACAAUCCAAGGCUGCUACCCAGUGAUCCGGUGUCUCUUGCGCCGGAGGGGCUGGGUGGAGAAGAAGAUGGUCCAUCGUUCAGGCCCCACCCUGCUGCCACCCCAGAAGGAUCUGGAUAGCUCAGCGAUGGGUGACAGUGACACCACUGAGGAUGAGGAUGAAGAUGAGGAUGAGGAGUUCCAGCCACCACAGCUGUUCGACUUGGGUGAUUUACUGAAAUUUGAUGACCUAGAUGGAACACAUGCUCUGAUGUCCCGCAUGGUUCAGAAUGAGACCCCCUACUUCAUCUGGACCACUCAGCGGGAUGUGCUCGACUGUCGCUUCCUCUCCAAGGAUCAGAUGAUAAACCACUACGCCCGGGCUGGCUCCUUUACCACAAAGGUGGGUCUAUGUCUCAAUCUCCGGAAUUUGCCGUGGUUUGAUGAGGUUGAUGCCAAUUCCUUCUUCCCACGCUGCUACCGCCUGGGGGCUGAGGAUGACAAAAAAGCCUUCAUAGAGGACUUCUGGCUGACAGCUGCCCGCAACGUUCUCAAGCUGGUGGUGAAGUCUGAGUGGAAGUCAUACCCUAUCCAGGCAGUAGAGGAAGAGGCCUUAGGAGACAAGCAGCGCAAGAAACAGGAGAAAAACCCAGUGUCGGUGUCCCCAGAGUUUGUGGAUGAAGCUCUGUGUGCGUGCGAGGAGUACCUUAGCAACCUGGCCCACAUGGACAUCGACAAGGACCUGGAGGCCCCACUGUACCUCACCCCCGAGGGCUGGUCCCUCUUCCUCCAGCGCUACUACCAAGUGGUCCACGAAGGGGCAGAACUCAGGCACCUCGACACUCAGGUCCAGCGCUGUGAGGACAUCCUGCAGCAGCUGCGGGCCGUGGUACCCCAGAUAGACAUGGAAGGGGAUCGCAACAUCUGGAUUGUGAAGCCGGGAGCCAAGUCCCGCGGACGAGGCAUCAUAUGCAUGGACCACCUGGAGGAGAUGCUGAAGCUGGUGAAUGGCAACCCCAUGGUGAUGAAGGACGGCAAAUGGGUGGUGCAGAAGUAUAUUGAGCGGCCCCUGCUCAUCUUUGGCACCAAGUUUGACCUGAGACAAUGGUUCCUGGUAACUGACUGGAACCCACUUACCGUGUGGUUCUACCGCGACAGCUAUAUCCGCUUUUCCACACAGCCCUUCUCCCUGAAGAACCUGGACAACUCAGUGCACCUGUGUAACAACUCCAUCCAGAAGCACCUGGAGAACUCAUGCCAUCGGCAUCCACUGCUUCCCCCAGACAACAUGUGGUCCAGCCAGAGGUUUCAGGCCCACCUGCAGGAGAUGGGGGCCCCAAAUGCUUGGUCCACCAUCAUCGUGCCUGGCAUGAAGGAUGCUGUAAUCCACGCACUUCAGACCUCCCAGGACGCCGUGCAGUGUCGGAAGGCCAGCUUUGAGCUCUAUGGUGCUGACUUUGUGUUCGGGGAGGACUUCCAGCCCUGGCUGAUUGAGAUCAACGCCAGCCCCACCAUGGCGCCCUCCACGGCAGUCACAGCCCGGCUCUGUGCUGGCGUGCAAGCUGACACCCUGCGCGUGGUCAUUGACCGGCGACUGGACCACAGCUGUGACACAGGAGCCUUUGAGCUCAUCUAUAAGCAGCCUGCUGUGGAGGUGCCCCAAUAUGUGGGCAUCCGGCUCCUGGUAGAGGGCUCCACCAUCAAGAAGCCCAUGGCGAUGUGUCAUCGGCGGAUGGGGGUCCGCCCAGCAGUCCCUCUGCUGACCCAGCGAGGCUCUAGGGAAGGCAAGGACUCGGGGACCCCUAUCCACAGCCCCUCACCACUUCCCCAGCCUCCACACCAAGGCCCAGCUGCCUUCUCCCCAUGUACUCUGACACCAGGGCCAGGUCCUCAGACGACAGCACAGCAAGCUGGUGGGCACUAAGGCCCUGUCGACCACAGGCAAGGCCUUGAUGACUCUACCCACAGCCAAGGUCUUCAUUUCCCUCCCACCUAACCUUGAUUUCAAGGUGGCACCCAGCAUCCUGAAGCCAAGAAAGGUGGGCCUCGACCUGUGGCUCACACCCAGUGGACCGUGCUGAGCAUGGGGUCAGGGCUGGAGGGCACAGGCAGAUGGCAGCUCCCAGGCUGGCUGGCACCCCAAGGGAAGAGCUGGUCUCCCUCAGAAGCCCCUUCCUCAACAGACUUCUGACCAUCUCCCUCUUCUCCCCUCCUUUCACACUGAGGCUCCUGCUCUCUUGUGCCUCCGAGGCCCCCAGCUAGAAGUGCCUUGUUGCCUCUGCCCUUUGAAGUCGGAACAAUUCCUAGCACCCAUAGGAAGGUCAAGGCCAAAGGGAAGUUCAAGACCAAACUGCGACAAACCCAGGGCUGAGGCGUGCCCCAUGAAGAGGCUGAGCCCCCUGAAACCCCUGCCCUUUGUUGGUACAUUCCAGAGGCACAGGGGCCUGGGGGUAUGAAGCUAGGGAAGCCCCUGCUUCGAUUCCCCACUGCCCUUGUCCUGGAUCCAACACCAAAUAAAAAGAAACAAGUGAAGUA